GCUGUAGGUGACGUCGGUAACGGCUGCCAUCUUGCCGAGGGUAGGGCCAGUGUUGUGUUGCUGCCUCUUUAUCCGUGUCCAUCCGCCGCCCCUUGCGCCAUCUCGAUCCGCGCCCAGUGAAUUACUAUAAAGGACACAAUGGCGGAGACAGAUAAGCUUAACAUAGACAGCAUCAUCGCCAGGUUAUUAGAAGUCCGUGGCUCUCGGCCGGGCAAGAAUGUCCAGCUGACAGAGAAUGAGAUCCGAGGGCUGUGUUUGAAGUCCCGCGAGAUCUUCCUGUCCCAGCCCAUCCUUCUGGAACUGGAGGCACCUCUGAAGAUAUGCGGCGACAUCCACGGCCAGUACUACGACCUCCUCCGGCUGUUCGAGUACGGCGGCUUUCCCCCCGAGUCGAACUACCUCUUCCUGGGCGACUACGUGGACAGAGGCAAACAAUCCUUGGAGACCAUCUGCCUGCUGCUCGCCUACAAGAUCAAGUACCCCGAGAACUUCUUCCUGCUCCGAGGCAACCACGAGUGCGCCUCCAUCAACAGAAUCUACGGUUUUUACGAUGAGUGCAAGCGAAGGUACAACAUCAAGCUAUGGAAGACCUUCACAGACUGCUUCAACUGCUUACCCGUGGCCGCCAUCGUGGACGAGAAGAUCUUCUGCUGCCACGGUGGGCUGAGUCCAGACCUACAGAGCAUGGAGCAGAUCAGACGUAUUAUGAGGCCCACCGACGUGCCAGACCAGGGGCUGCUGUGCGAUCUGCUGUGGUCAGACCCAGAUAAGGACACGAUGGGCUGGGGCGAGAACGACAGGGGCGUCUCCUUCACCUUCGGCGCAGAGGUCGUGGCAAAGUUCCUCCACAAACACGACUUUGACCUCAUCUGCCGUGCCCAUCAGGUUGUGGAGGAUGGUUACGAGUUCUUCGCCAAGAGGCAGUUGGUGACCCUGUUCUCCGCGCCCAACUACUGCGGGGAGUUUGACAAUGCCGGGGCCAUGAUGUCUGUGGACGAGACCCUCAUGUGCUCCUUCCAGAUACUUAAGCCUGCGGACAAGAAGAAGUUCCCGUACGGCGGCCUCAACACCGGCCGGCCCGUCACCCCCCCAAGAGGAGCCGCAAAUCAGAAAAACAAGAAGAAAUAGAAACGCAAGUAGAGGCGGCGUCUGGGCAGGCCGUCCCUCCCCCUCCCCGCCCCUCCCCCACCCCCUAAUGAGCGGCGGGGGCCAGGGGUGCGGAUGGGGCGCGGGGCAGCCUCCCGGGCCUGACUUAGAGGAGUAUAAAGCUGUUAGACAAAGUUCAGUUGCUAAACUAUUGUAGGUAUCAUAUAAUAUUUAUAUUGAUCACAUAGCCCUGGUGGGAGCAAAGGGGAGGUGGCUCAAAGUAUUUUUAUUAUAUAUUCUAUCCCGUAGGAGGUAAAGCUUAGAUCCCGUCAAUCAAUCAGCCUUCAGAUGCCUGUUGUUAAGGUCUUGUCACACCCGUACUGAUGAUGAUGAUGAUGUAGCGCCACGAUGUGAACCACGCGAUGAGGUAACGAGGCUUGCAGUCGCCCGCGCUGCAAACUGUGAUGCUACUAAAGUAUUGGUUAACCUGUCUUUGUAUUGUGGAGAGUCUGACUCGCAUCCAUAUAACAUUAUAUUUGAGUGUGUAAAUAGCCACGGUAUUUAAUCGCUUAUAAGCAUUUACCAAUGUUCUUGUAUAAACAGGUAGGUAGGUAGGGCCCCGGCGCAGCAAGGAGGGAGGCAGCCCCCCCCCCUUAGCUAGUGGCUGUGUUAGAUCCGUGUACAAAUGUCCCAUCGCCGUAGAAACAGGACCACCACCACCACCACCACCGCUGCCACCACCACCAAUACAACACCUCCACAACAACAUGUCUGUCCGUCUGUCUCUGUCUAUCUGUGUCUGGCUUUUGCUGUCGCUUGUCCAGUCUGGCGUGAGCGCCUCGACCUGACCCCCCGCCCCUGCCCCGCUGUCUGUCACUCCGGGGUAACAUGAGGUGUGGACUGGCCCGCUCGUUUUGCCAUUGCCAGUCGGUCCAUCGGUCGGGGCCUCGGCACAGGGAACACUAGAGUUCAGGCGUAGCAGGACAGUCCUUUAGGGUCAACCUGGGGAGUAGCGGAUUUGCUUCGGCGUAUUGCGUUCGUCAAGACUAUGUUUAGUGCUUUCUAUUAGCCUUCUCUUUCUCUCCCUCGUCUUCUGUUUUCUUCUGUAAGAUUUUGAUUCUCUCCCUCUCUCAUCUCUUUAUUAUUUCUGGAGGCUUCUCAUUUUCUCUCUUUCUCAUCUUUUCAUUAUUUCUGGAAGCUUUCGAUUUUCUCUUACAAUUUUUUCUUGUAAUUUUUUUUUCUGUAAGCUUUCAAAUUUCUCUUCCUCGUCCUCAUUUUGUCUAAGCUUUCAAUUUCCUCCGUUUCAUCUCUGUUUUUCUUCUGCAAGCUGUUUAUUUUCUCUCAUCUCUUUCAUUAUCCUCCGUAAGCUUCCGAUUCUCUCGUCUCCAUUACUUCCUUCCAUUAGCUGGUUAGUUAGUCAGUUCGUUGGUUAGUCUUUGUGUUGGCAACGCUUCUGGCGGCAGCAGGAACAACAGCAGCAGCGGCAGCAACGGUGGUGGUGGUUGUUGUCGCUGGUGACCUGAUUGUGUCAUAUUGCUGCUGCUGCUGCUGCUGCCGCCGCUGCCGAGCCAGACCUCACACGUGACAUUUUAAACUAUUUUGACACUUAGAGUUUAAUGAACCAAUAAUAUAUUUUUUUCUCUCACUCAGUCACACCAAAUCGCGUUUUUAUUAUUAUUAUAAUGUGCAUAUGUGGACUACUGCAGAAUGAUGAACUAUGAUACUACUACUAUGUCAUUUUAUAUUGUUUGUGGAGACAGACUUUACUAUUAUUACCCUCAUCUUUAUUUUCUUGUUUUGUUUUGGGUACUUUAGUUAACUGACAAUGAAUGCAGUUACUAUUACAACCAUCAUUAUUUUCAUUAUCUUUAUUUUUGUUUUGUUUCUGGGACAUUGCGAUUAUUACAACUAUCAUUAUUAUCAUCAUUUUAUUGCUUUUUGUUUUGGGGUUACAUAAUUCCUUGCUAUUAAAACUCAUUAUUAUCUAUUUUUUGUUUCGUUUUGUUUUGGGUACGUAAUUCCUUGCUAUUACAAAAUAUCAUUAUUAUUAUUACCAUUGUCGUCUUCUUCCGUACACUAUCCCUGCCCCGCCUUGCUUCCGUCUCACCACACACUUGGUACCGUGUAGAGUACGUAUGUUUCUUUCCUUCCGUUUACAGUUGGCAUUGAUAUAGAUUACCCAGCAUGCAAAAAACGUACACACAAACACACACACAUAUACACAAGAGCUAUGUAAAAUCGCAUAAGGUACACAUACAUUCACACACGUACGUCGACACACACACACACACACACUCACAUAGCCUACUUUUCUCCCCUCCUCAUAAUGAUUUGCAAUGAGUUGUCGCCACUGACCGGCCGCCAAAGGGUUAUUAGGGAAGGGCGUAAGAGAGAGAGCGCGUGACUGAUUUUUUGGGGGACGUGAAAGAGAAACGCGACGAUGACACAAUAGUAGAUCCUGGCGGCCGCGUAAUUUGUAAGUUAUUAUGAAAAAACGACCUCCAGGUAUGUAUUGUAUGUACCCAGCGGUCCACAAACCACAGGAAAAUAAAAAAAAAUGAAAAAUA